GAAAAAGAGGAGGGUAUUUUUGUGCAUCAACCAACAGAAAUCGAGAAUGGAAAAUUGCUGAGUCGAAUAAUCAGUGCGUUCCAAAUGGAGAGGCAACAGCAGCGUCGACUCCGGUUGGAGAGGCAUGGGCUUAGGCCUAAGCUGAGAGUUGUUUUCAAUUCCAGAAAGGUCUUCAGAUCUCUCCUCAUUGGACUGGCCCUCAUUGCCAUUCUUCCCCCUAUUUACUUCCACUUUCGUCUCCGAACAUUCCAUCAGAUGCAAUCACAGAAAUGCAGUUGGCUGCGUAGUAUUCCUCUGGUCUGUGCUCAUGGUGGUGAUUCGUCGAAGGCCUUUCCCAACACUAUGGCUGCAUACCAAACUGCUCUUAAUUCUCAGGCUGACUGCAUUGAAGUUGAUGUUUCUCGUUCUUCAGAUGGCGUGUUGUUUGCCCUCCAUGACCGGGAUUUGCAACGGAUAACUGGGACCAACAAUUCUAAAGUUUCAUACCUUAGCUCAAAGGAGAUUAAAGAGCUAGAUGCAGUUCAUCAGCUUAAGUUGGAGCAUCAUGAUCUAACUGUUCCAACACUUGAAGAUGCAUUAAAGUUGAUAGCAGGUUCCGUCCGCCAAGUAAUUCUUGAUAUAAAAGUUGGUCCCCCGUCGUAUGAGAAAGAAUUUGCAAAGGAUCUUCUUUCUGUUGUUGACAAUACAGGCUGUAAGAAUUGCCUUGUAUGGGCUAAAAGUGACAGUUUUUCAAGAGACGUGAUGAAACUGUCAUCAGAUGUUAUGGUAGGUUACAUUGUCAUGAUAGACCUUUCAACAGGAACUAGAAUGAAGUUAUUAAGAAUGAGAGGUGCUGCGGUUGUUGGUGUUUACCAUCCUUUAAUUGAUGAGAAUCUCAUGAAAAUCCUCCACGGGAGGAAUAAAAAGGUUUAUGCAUGGACUGUUGAUGAUGAGGACGCAAUGAAGAAAAUGUUGUUUGAGCGGGUGGAUGCUAUUGUUACAAGCAAUCCAUCUUUACUUCAACGCCUUAUGCAAGACGUGAGGACACAAUGCCUCGAGGAAGGUUUUUCUUUGUCCCCUUGAGGACAAGCUAUAUUUUUUGAAGAGAUAGAUAAACCCAAAAAAAUUGGCUCUGCAAGUGAAAUGAGAAAAGUAAACCAAGGCAUGCAACCGGGAAAUCAGUCUCGGUUUCAUAAAUGCAAGAAAUUAUUUGUUUAAAUAGUUGGUUUUAGAAGACAAAAAAGAAGGAUGAACACAGGAUAACAACACCAAUCAGCUAACAGAUACAUAAGUGUUCUUUUCUCGCUUUAUCAGCUUUACAUGCUGGAAUAGCGCCAUAUUUGCCAGCUACAAGUGGAUAGAUGAAAUAUAUCACAAAAUUGAAGCUUAGGAGCGAUUGUCGAUAGCUAUGGUUAAAAGGGCUUCGUGAAAUGUUACUGUUAGAUUAUUCGCAGUCUAGCAAUUUGGAGUUCACAAAUGAAGAAGGGUGACAAUAUUAUUAGUCCCUGACAGACUGGGCCUUAGAUCAGCCAGUUUUAUCUUCUGUAGAGGAGAUGAUUGUUGUUGUACUACUAUGGUGUUUAUGCAAAUUAUGCUACUUCUUGGCAAGAUAUGCCCUUGUUUUCUAGUUCGUCGUUUUAUCAGCUUGAUUGUUGGGAAGGCUAUUUUUUAUCUAUCGGUUCCUCUUUUAUUCCCAAGUAGCGGCUGAACAACUUUUGUGGACAGGAUUUAACUUUUAUGCUUGACAAUACUAUCAAUAUAUUUUAACAUACGUAGCAGGUUACUUGUUUUA